AUGGCUACAACGGCUGGCAAGUCCAUCUCGGCGAAGCUGCUCCGACUAGACAACCCAGUGGGCAGCUUAACCCUAGCCUUCUUGAUUUGGAAAGUCCUGCUCUUCAUAGUAAUUGCAGCUUGCCCAGGCCCUGGAUAUGACACCUCCACGACAUUGGUCCCACGCGAGGGGGCAAGUCUGGCGAGUACCCAGACGGAGUCUCUCCCACAGUCAAUGAAGUUUGUCCGAUGGGAUUCAAUCUACUUUCUGCAUAUUGCAGAGAAGGGCUAUGUGUUUGAGCAAGAAUGGGCUUUUAGUUAUCCCCGAAUUCUGAGCUUAUUUGUUUCCGGUAUCCGUUGGUCUGGAGGGAUAGACGGACCAAUUGACACGGCCUUGGUAGGCGUGAUUCUGUCCCAUAUCGCCCACUAUUAUUCCGUGUUGGCGCUAUACAGUCUGUCUGCCAACAUCUUUGGAAGCGAAACAUCCACCCAGAAGCUCAUAUGUUUCUUGUCGGCUGCCCUGCACAUCAUCUCACCUGCCGGGGCUUUUCUGUCGGCGCCGUAUGGAGAGCCGAUCUUCUCUUUUCUGAAUAUCUCCGGAUAUUACCUGUACAUGUCCUCUCUUAUUGAAGAGCAUAAUGGCCUUGUAUUACUUCGAGACCUGCAAGUUUUGACUGCUGCGGUGUUCUUUGCUGUCGCAACAGUCGUCCGCAGUAACGGCAUUCUGAGCGGGUUCUUGUUUGCCUAUGAUGCCGCCAUCCUGGUGUGGGCAAUCCUGACACAAGGUUUCAGUGUCCACAAAAUACGCCGCCUCGCUGUCAUCAUCGUGGGGGGUUGUGUCGUGGGAUCAAGUAUGGUUGUGCCUCAGAUCCUCGCUUAUCGCGAAUAUUGCAUGGGCGGAGGAGAUCUGCGACCUUGGUGCAGCUGGACUGUACCUAGUAUUUACAACUGGGUUCAGAGCUUUUAUUGGAAUGUGGGCUUCCUCCGGUAUUGGACCGUGUCGAAUAUCCCUCUCUUCUUGCUGGCCGCACCCAUGUUGGGAAUCCUCUGCAAAUCAGCAUUCUGGGCACUCAAGGCCCCGUCAACUCUACGCUCGGGGUCCGGUAGCACAUCUUCCUCCCAGGUGAGCCCCGGGUCCAUGCUCUUCCGGCUGGCAGUGCCCCAGGGUCUCCUGGCAGUGAUGGCCUUGACAAGCUAUCACGUCCAAAUUAUCAAUCGAAUCUCUUCAGGUUACCCAGUAUGGUAUUGGUGGCUUGUAUCGACGGCAAUGGGUAGCUUCCAAGAUUCCCAGAAGAGCCGCCGAGGACUCUCGAUUGCUGCGCAAGCCAUGGUAGCCUAUGCAUUAAUCCAGGCGGUUCUUUUCGGUUCCUUUUUGCCUCCGGCGUGA